GUGUCCGCCUCACGGAGAAGCAGUUUGUUUUCUUCGUUAGCUGAUUCGAGCCGAGCGGGGCGUACUCCCUUCUCCUCGCUCUUCUCCCGGCGAUGUGGCCGCGCAUGGCGGCAGUGGCGGCGGCGGCGGCGGCGGCGGCGGCGGCAGUAACAGCAUUCGUGGCUCCGGCUCUCGCGUGGGGUUGACCGGCUAACACUUCUGGCGCGCACCAAGAUGGCGUGUGUGUUGGAGACGCCGCUCCGCAUGAGUGUCUUGUCGGAAGUCACGGCUAGCAGUCGCCACUAUGUUGACAGAUUAUUUGAUCCUGAUCCCCAAAAUGUCCUGCAGGGUGUCAUAGAUAUGAAAAAUGCUGUAAUUGGAAACAACAAACAAAAAGCCAACUUGAUUGUUUUGGGAGCAGUUCCAAGGUUGCUAUACUUGCUUCAGCAAGAAACCUCCAGCACUGAGCUGAAAACUGAAUGUGCAGUGGUGCUAGGAAGCCUUGCAAUGGGUACAGAAAACAAUGUUAAAUCUCUUCUGGACUGCCAUAUCAUACCAGCCUUACUACAAGGGUUACUGUCGCCAGAUCUUAAAUUUAUUGAAGCUUGCCUCAGAUGUCUUCGCACCAUUUUUACCAGCCCUGUAACUCCUGAAGAACUAUUGUACACGGAUGCUACAGUUAUUCCCCACCUCAUGGCACUGCUCAGUAGGUCUCGAUAUACUCAAGAAUACAUAUGUCAGAUCUUCUCACAUUGCUGCAAACUCCGACACUGGCAUAGCUGCGGCUUUAAAUCCUCGCCUCAGCCACUUCUAUGUGCCAAUGGUCCAGACCAUCAGACAGUCCUAUUUAACCAUGGAGCAGUGCAGAAUAUUGCUCACCUGUUAACUUCUACAUCUUAUAAAGUUCGAAUGCAAGCACUGAAAUGCUUUGCAGUUCUUGCCUUUGAAAACCCCCAGGUAUCAUUGACUCUCGUAAAUGUGUUGGUGGAUGGGGAACUAUUACCACAGAUUUUUGUGAAGAUGUUACAAAGAGACAAGCCUAUUGAAAUGCAGCUCACAUCAGCCAAAUGCCUUACUUACAUGUGCAGAGCUGGAGCAAUUCACACUGAUGAUAACUGCAUUGUGUUAAAGACACUACCAUGUUUGGCGCGGAUGUGUAGUAAGGAGAGGCUACUAGAGGAGAGAGUAGAUGGAGCAGAAACUCUUGCCUAUUUGAUUGAAGCAGAUAUUGAACUACAAAGAAUCGCCAGUAUUACUGACCACCUUAUUGCAAUGCUUGCCGACUACUUCAAAUAUCCGAGUUCAGUGAGUGCCAUCACUGAUAUAAAAAGGCUUGAUCAUGACCUAAAGCAUGCUCAUGAACUGCGCCAGGCUGCAUUCAAGCUCUAUGCUGCACUUGGAGCGAAUGAUGAAGAUAUAAGAAAGAAGAUAAUUGAAACUGAAAAUAUGAUGGAUCGGAUUGUAAAUGGCUUGUCUGAAUCUAGCAUCAAGGUGCGCUUAGCUGCAGUCAGAUGUUUGCACAGUUUGUCACGAUCCGUGCAGCAGCUCCGAACUAGUUUCCAAGACCAUGCUGUAUGGAAACCUUUAAUGAAGGUUUUACAGAAUGCUCCAGAUGAAAUCUUAGUGGUAGCAUCUUCCACUCUAUGCAAUCUUCUCUUGGAAUUUUCUCCAAGCAAAGAGCCUAUUUUAGAAUCAGGAGCCAUAGAACUUCUCUGUAGUUUAACCCAGAGUGACAAUCUUGCCUUGAGGGUGAAUGGCGUUUGGGCCUUAAUGAAUAUGGCAUUUCAAGCAGAACAGAAGAUCAAAGCAGACAUCUUAAGAGGCUUGAGUACUGAGCAAUUAUUCCAGUUACUCUCUGAUUCUGAUGUAAAUGUACUAAUGAAGACAUUGGGACUACUUAGAAAUCUUUUGUCUACUCGCCCGCACAUAGAUCAGAUAAUAAGUACUCAUGGGAAGCAAAUCAUGCAAGCAGUGACCCUCAUUUUGGAAGGAGAACACAAUGUAGAAGUCAAAGAACAGACGUUAUGUAUACUUGCCAACAUAGCAGAUGGAACAACAGCUAAAGAACUUAUUAUGACAAAUGAUGACAUCUUGCAAAAAAUAAAGUAUUACAUGAGUCAUUCGAAUGCUAAACUUCAGCUGGCUGCCAUGUUUUGUGUAUCUAAUCUUAUAUGGAAUGAAGAAGAAGGUUCCCAAGACCGUCAGGAUAAACUCAGAGAUAUUGGAAUAGUAGAUAUUCUACACAAAUUGAGUCAGUCAUCAGAUCCAAAUCUUUGUGAUAAGGCAAAGACAGCACUCCAGCAGUACCUUGCAUGAUCAAAGACAAGUCGAACUGUCCGUACAACUCUCAAAGCUAUAUAAUAAGGAAUAACAGGAAAUAGCCGCACCUAAUUCCUUAUCUUUUGCACAAGGCACCUUGGGCUGCGUUUCUCUCAGGUGCAGGGAGCUGCUUGGCAGGAGCAGUUUAAGUGAUCAGGUCUCCAAUGCACUUGAGGACUUUAUUGAGGUAGUUCCUUUACUCAGAGGACUCUUCUGGGAUUAUUUUCCUGAGCUACCUGAACUCUACUAGAACAAUCAGUCAUCUUUUUUCCUUUGGGCCUACAAUUUUCUGCUUAUACCACAGCCAGUUGUGGCUGUGUCUGGGUGGGUGUGAUACCUCAGAGCUUUUGUUUUCCUUUUUGUGUUUUUUCUACAGAUUUUCAAGGGUUAACCAUUCUUUGCUGUAUGAAAACUUUAAAGAAUUAUAUACGAUUUGAAUUGAAAUGUUAUUUAAAAAGUUUUGUCCCAUGAAGUUUAUUUUGAUCAGAUGAAUGUUUUUAAGUAAAAUAUAUGCAUUUGUUAAACCUCAGCUUAAUGUACCUGUACUUCCUCUUUUGAAACAAAAUGAAGUGACAUCUAGAUGACUGGUAGCACAUGUAAUAAUGUGACUUAACGCUAGCCUCCUACUGCCGUGUGUUACUAGCGCCAGCUCCCUGGACUUGGGAAAGCAAAAUUCAGAGAACCCAAGGUGGAGCCUUAAGUACACUUGACACCAAGGUUGAACUUGUGGAAAUCAUACCUGCUGGCUUACCCAGCAAAAAAAACAAACAGUCCCUGUGCCAGUGCCACUGCUGCCUCAGAGAAAUUACACUUGUUAAAAAAGCUCUGCGUUGUUGUUAGAUGACUUGAAGCUGUGAUGAUAGAUUGAUUAAAGUAAAACAACAACUGGCGGCUGCUGUUUGAAACCAUGCAGUGAUGAAUAUGAGAGGACAGCCCCACAGAAGAUCUGGGUGAAAAACAGACACCAAAUCUUUUUACUUUUUUAUUUUUCCAGAAGUGCAUGUUGAUGGGACAAAACGCUUCCUCCAGCAAAAGAACAAAAUGAUUAGUAGGAUGUUUUCUAUUCUGCAAAAAAUGCUUACUAUCUUCUUUACGCCUCUUGGUUCACCAGUAAGUUUUCUGUGUGUCAAGGGACAAGAGAACCAGUCUGAGGCUAAUCUCAUUUCACUCACCAGCUUUGGUCAUCCCAAACUUUUAUUUAUAAUUAAUAACAAGGCACAUCACAUUUAUAGUCAAAGCAAAGGUUAGAGUUUGGGCUUUUGGCUGGGAAGGUUAAUAAACUGAAAGGAGGCUACAAAACAACACCAGAAUUUUUAUGUAAGUCUUUAAUGAAUUGCUUUACUCUGAAAGGCAAAUAAUAGUGAUUUCAGGGAUAGUAGUAAGUGAUGCCAUUUCUCAGUGUCAUUGCUACAAGCUUGUUGGGGUUGGACUUCUGCAGGUCUGCACGGUGUGCGCCCACCUGCCAACUAGUACCUCAGAAAUAAAGCCUUAUUUAAGUCAUUAACGUGAUUGUAGCCUUAAUAAUACUGAGAAAAAUCACUUCCUUGUUGGGUUUGUCCAAAGCCACUCCCUAGAAAUAAGGGGUGGGAAGAAGGGAAGGCUCCCUCAGCCUGGCUGCUGCUUUUGCACUCUGGAUUAUUAUUACACCUGCACUUCCGAUAUUGCUGUCAUGCCUCCAUCACUCAUAUGCAUAUCCACUUACUUUGAAAUAUAGAUAUGCCUAAAACUGUGUUGAAUACAGCUGAGAUGUGCAAAUUUUCAUCUUCACACUUGAAGGUUGCUUUUUAAUAGUGUGGCCCGAUAUGUGCGAGAAGGAUAUAAACUAUGCUAAGACAAUCUGGGUAAUAUUGGGGAAAGGUGGGUGAAAUAUUAGGAUGGUAGGUGAUAAUGAAGUGGCAUUUUGCACUCAGUGAAGCAUUGUGAAUACUUUUUUGAUGUUGCUAUAAAUAUGUACAAAUAGAAAACACUGUAAAUAAAAAAUGACCUUUUACUGGAGAACAUAUUUAAAAUGACUUGGCCCUAUUGAUAUGGUUUUUUUCCUGACUUGAAGGAAAGAUUACAAUCUUAGGAAAGGCAGUAAAACAGGUUUAUGAACAAUUAGCUGUACACUUAGUCUCUUAGACAACUAUUCUAAAGAUAACUAGCUUAAUCUCAAAUUCUUCUAAAUGUCAUGAUGUUCGGGCUCAUAAAACUACAAAUGGACACAUUGAGUGAAAAUUAUUGCUUUUUACUUCAAAUGCUUUGUUUAUAAUUGCUGAGAAACUAGGAGUCAGUUGUGUAAAUCUCAUGGUUUGGGGGGGGGGAAUGCUUUGAAUGCUUGCGGAGUGCUGUAAUGUAGGACAGAGUUAAAAAAAACCAAGUUUGAUUCAUGUCACAAAGCUGUUCAUACUCGUUCUCAGUGCUUUUUUUCUGGGGGUACGCAGUGGUACGCAUACCCCUAAACAUUUUGUGAAUCUUUGUACUUUUGUCCAUUUACUGUACAGUCAUACCUCGGUUUAAGUACGCCUUGGUUUGAGUAUUUUCAGUUUUAAGUACUCUGCGGACCUGUCUGGAACGGAUUAAUCCACUUUCCAUUACUUUCAAUGGGAAAGUUCACUUCAGGUUAAGUACGCUUCAGGUUAAGUACGGACUUCCGGAACCAAUUGUGUUUGUAAACCGAGGUAUCACUGUAUUUAUUUUUCCCAAUUUGAACUAUAAAAGGGUGAUUUUCUUGUGUCAAAAUGAGAGUACCCCUAAACUUUUUUUAAAAAAAGAAAAAAAGCGCUGCUCGUUCUAUUCUGAUCCAUACUACACCUUCUCUGGUGUAUCCCCCCAUUUACCUCUUGCAGACAUCCAAGCUGUUUCUCCUCAGUUUUGCGAAAUGUACAGAUGACUUAAGCUUUGUGAAUAUGUAUGAUAAUUCAAGACCAAAUAAUCAUUAAGGGAACAUUUUUAUUUGAAGACUCUUAGGAACUUGAAGUGACCCCAAAAUUUUCUGGUCCACCACUUACACCCCAGGCUGCUUGAGCCAUUAUAUUCCAACUCAACUGAACACAUAUAGUCCAAACUAUAGUAUCUUGAAAGCAGGGUACAAAAGUGAAAGAGGUGUUCUGUCCAUUCCAGAGGCUGAGAUCCAGUUGGUGUAGUUGAACAAACUGACUAGAUCCUGGGCAUGGUGGAGAAACUGACCUGAGGCUCAGUAUAUCUUUCUCUUCAAGCAUACACUUAGGAUGCUGGAGAUUAAUCUAAACCCUUUCAAAAGAAAAUAGUCCUGGCCCCACUACCAUAAGUUCACUUUUAAGUCUUCUCUCCCUAUAAUUUUGUUCUUAUCUAUCAGAUUUACUCUUUUUCAUGCAUAAGGAACCAGCAUCUUACCGAAAAGAAAUUCAAAAUAUAAAAGCCUAUUAAACAUUUUAAAAAGCAACCUAAAACAAUGACAUGUAGCAAUCCCAAAUAAAAUGCAUGUUUGCUGGACAGGGUGGGGCCUACACAGUCUUCUGCCUUCUGUACAGGAGGAGGCGCCAUCUCCCUUCCCAAAUUGAUCCUGACUCUCGUCCAUGAAGAUUUGGGCCUGAUAGGCUGUCAUAGAGGCUUGUCUUCCUGCUUCUUUGGCUGUGUUUUUUAGCCAGUUUACUGCCUUUUUUCACCCACCUCUCCUCUCAUUUUUCUUUUUACUGUUGUUGUGAGUGUGUUUGUGGUUUGCUUUGAGUGUUUGAAUUAUAUUUUUACCUCAGAACAUUUUCACUUUUUUUCAUUCCAGCUCUAGUCCCUUCUGGGAUAAAUUAGUGGCUACAGAGUAGGGGGUGGUUUUUUGUUUUUGUUUUAUGUGUACAGUGUCUACUUGGCCACAUUUCUGUGAAGUAGCUUCUGGAGUUUUUGGCAUGUCCUGCAAAUAAACUAGGUAGCAGCAGCAUUUUCAGAACAGGCUUUGACUACGCAAUAUCUGUGAGUGCUUCGGGGGGGGGGGGUGGAGUUUUGUUUUGCAGCCUCUUACACCAUCUGCCUGGGCUUUCCAGAUCACCAUUCUCUGCUAGUUCACCCAGUUUUGGCCCCUGCCUUUUUUGUUGGGCAUUCCAGCUAUUCCCACUACCCAGAUCACCCAUUGUCCCCAUAUUUUUGGCAACCUCGCCACACAUUUUGAGGAAGUGGAUCAGCUGUGAGGAGGGUUCCUUGAUAAAUUGUCUAGGCGGGAGUUCCAUUUUGGAGCAGGGUUUUCUCCACACAUACCCGCCAUCCUUUAUGCUCCAUUCUGCUCUGUAUUUUGACAGUUCCCUUGGUUUUUAUAGUUGGUCUGCUUCCAUUUGGGGGCUAUUGGCCUCAUUGACCCCCUUCUUUAACACUCUGCAGA